AUGUCGGCGCCGUUGGAAUUGCCCGAGCAAACUUUGCACAAUAAGAUUGCCCUUGUUAGUGGCUCUAGCUCGGGAAUUGGCGCCGAAAUUGGAAGAGAGCUUGCGGCGCGAGGUGCGAAUGUGGUCCUUAAUUACCCAGGCCCCAGUCUACAAGAACGGGCAGAAGCACUAGCGGCGAGCCUACCGACGAAAAGCGUUGCGAUCGAAGCAGACUUGUCUACCACUGAUGGACCGAAAACGUUGGCCGACGCUGCUGCCAAGGAGUUCGGAAGGAUAGAUAUUCUAGUCAACAAUGCUGCUUUAGCGGUGAACAAGCCCUUUGAGGAACAGACGCUAGAUGACUGGGACUUGCUAGUUAACCUGAAUGGACGGGGAACGUUCUUGCUCACGCAGGCGACGUUGCCUCACUUGCCAAAGCAUGGAGGCCGCAUAGUAAAUAUCGUGUCCAUUUCAGCCAGAGAAGCGCCUGCCCUGCAAACAAUUUACGCUGGAAGUAAAGGGAUGGUGGACAGCUUUACAAAAGUGUGGGCGAAGGAGCUGCCACCGAAGUAUGGUGUCACAGUCAAUGCGGUCAGUCCGGGUCCAACGAUGACGGAAGGGUUUAUUCAAGCUGGAGAAGAGUUCAUGCAAAAGAUACGCCCAGUGAUUGAGAGAACGCCUGUAGGAGGCCGAGCUGGGAAACCAGAGGAGAUUGCAUAUGCUGUUCGAUUUUUGUGCGAGCCAAGAGCGAGCUGGAUAAACGGACUCCAUUUGAUGGCGAACGGAGGAUUGUACAUCCAUUGA